UUCUUGUCUCUCGCUUUCCCUCUCCGUCUCUCCUAAAUCUCUCCCAAACUCCCAAAGACAAAUACUCUCUCUCUCUCUCUCUCUCUCUCUCUCUACUGCACUUCUUCUUCUGAAAUCAUCUCCAUUUCCGGCACCGGCUACACCUCUCCGACCACCAAUCACAAAUUCCCAUCCCCAAAUUCUUCAACCAAUCUUCCUCCCAAUCAUCUCCACUCCACCGCCUCCCAAUACAUCAUCCCCCAUUUCCGGCCACACUCCCCAAUUUCCGCCGCUAAAACCCCCUCUCUCCCUUGAUGCUUUAGUCCCACCACCGCCGGGGCUAUCAACCGCCGGCGAGGGUUCUAUCGUCUCCGCGUUUUCUUCCAGGGGAAUACUUAUCGGCCUGUGUUGAUUUUUAAAUUUCGUGUUUGGGUUGGGUUUUGCCCGGAGGUCGGCGUUUUUUGAUUUUUUGGUUUUAGUUCUUUCUUUUUUGUUCGUUGUUGGUCAUUCAUACGACCAUGGCUCCGGGUCGGAGACGCGGAGCAAGUAAAGCCAAGGCCAAUAGAGAGCUCAGUUUGGGAGAUCUUGUCCUCGCUAAGGUCAAGGGUUUUCCUCCAUGGCCAGCCAAGAUUAGCAGGCCGGAAGAUUGGGAGAGAUCUCCUGACCCGAAGAAAUGUUUUGUCCAUUUCUUUGGAACACUAGAAAUAGCUUUUGUAGCCCCUGCUGAUAUUCAGGCCUUCACCAUCGUGGAAAAGAAUAAACUAUCAGCACGUUGCCAAGGUAAAACAACUCAGUUUUCUCAAGCUGUGAGGGAAAUAUGUGCAGCUUUUGAUGACAAACAUAAUGAGACUUCUAGUGGUAUGAGAGUUGGUAUGGAUAGUUCGGAAACUGAAGGUGGUGCUCCCUGCACUGAUGGGGUUGUGGAUAAUGAGUUAGAUGUUGACUUGAAGGAUGAAGUGGGGACUGCAGAAUCAAAUGAUGAAGCUGUAAAUGAAGGCAUAGGUGACUAUAGCUCUAGAUUUGAGCGUUGUUCACAAAAGCAAGGUGAAACCAAUGUUCAAGACAGUAAGCCUUCUGUUGAAUGCCGGCAGCCUGAUGAUUCAUCUUCAGAACUUUCUUCUGAGCAGAAAGAUAGUAUAUUAGACGUUUCACCAAAGAAUGAAGCUGCAAUAUCUGAACAAGAUAAAGAUAUUACUCAAGCAGAAAAGCUUUCCAAGCCCAAGAAGACAUCUACAACCAACGGUCAAAAUGUAAAAAAGGAAGGUGCUAGUUCAAAGAAGAAACAAGAGGUUGCUUCUAAACACCACAAAAGCAAAGUCUCUGCUGUUACAGCAUCUAAGAACGGAAUACCUGAUAAUUGUUUCAAUCUUCCAGAGUCUGUUGUGGACUCAAAGGGUGGAAGGAAAGGAAAAUCCACUUCUAGUGGUGGUAUGAGGGAACAUGGCUCUAGAGCCCUUAAACCAAAUUCUGAGUCUGGUCAUGGUAAAAAGACUAAAGACGUGCCAAAGGAUAAAAAACAUUUUAAGGAUAAAGAUCAUGUGGUGGACACCAACUGUAGUUCUAAGGAACAGGGACAGGGCAAAGGCAAAGCUAGUGCUGGGAAGAUGCCACAGAUUGGAAAAGUAAAAUCUGAAUUAGGAUCAAGUGAAAAUUUGCGUCCUGCCAAAAAGUUGAAGCGAGGAGACAUAGGGGAGGGUAAGGCAUCACUACCAAGCAACAGCCUAAAGGUUGCCUCUUCUCCAAAACCUAUUGUGGCUGAUGAAAAAGUGGUUAAAAAGUAUGAGUUGAAAAAGUCUCUGCCCACGACGAAAUCAGAAAACCAUAUAAAAUCUAGUCACCAUUCAGAUUCUGUUAAUUCCGCAGCUGGUGAUGAAGCUGUGUUACCUCUGACAAAGAGACAUCGACGAGCUCUUGAAGCUAUGUCUGAUUCUUCACCUGCAAUUCAUGAUUUUAAAAAUGAAAAGAGUCCCUUUUCACAAAGGUAUGAUGCUUCAUGUUCUAGUAGUGAUAAACUGCUGGCAAACCAUUCACAUAAAAAAAGAAGAGCAGUUCGCAUUUUUGAUGAUGAUGAUGAGAAUCCUAAAACUCCUGUUCAUGGAUCUUCACGGAAUAUUGACGCAACUUCAAAUCGUCCAGAUGCUAGUAAGAAUAACGAUGAUGUGCGUAAUCAAAGUCCUAUUACUUCUCCCUUGCCUGUUAAUGGAACUAGUGGAUCAGAUCAUGGCCAUUUUAAGGAAUCAAGUAACCAGUUGCAGAGCUUGUCCUCAUCGCCUAAAAAACCUCAAACUGAUGAAUUGCAGCAAGAAAAACCAGUGCCUGUUAAUGCCCCUGAAAGUCCUUCAGAAUCAGGAUCUGAGCAGCUGUCACCUAAGAUGGCAAAACCAAGUUUGAUUUCUCCAAAAAAAUCUCCUGCGUUAGUUAAUAGCACUGCAGCUUUGGAACAAACGAAGACUGUGAAACCCCCAAUCAAAUCCUUCAAUACCGGUGUCCAGAAACAAUCACAGGGGGGUUCUGCAAAGUCUGUGGUUUUGACUUCAAACAUAAAUUCCAGCUCUUCUCAUAAGCCAUCUAUCCUCCAAAAAAGUAGGUCACAUUCCUCUGGAGAGAAGUCUAAAACUACUCCAAAAUCUCGAGCCAAUGACUCUACAAUCAUGGUGGGAAGUUCAAUGGAUCAUGAUGAUCUUCAUGGUGAAAGAAGCUUAGUAAACGAAUUCAAGGUCGCCGAGUCUGCCAUGUCCAUGAAGCAUCUAAUUGCAGCUGCUCAAGCUAAAAGGAGGGAAGCUCAUUCUCAUAAUGUCCUUGGGUUCUUUAAUUCUGGUAUUUUAUCCUCUGAUGUCCGUGGCAGUCCUAGUCCUUCUCCAGCCCAGCUGCAUUUAUCUAGUACCACCCAUUUGAUGCUGGCAGACUUGAAGGGACCAUUUCACCCGAAGGACGUGGCUUCUCCAUCAACUCAAGGGCAUCAAUUGGCAUCGCAAAAUCACACUGAUGUUGAAGAAUUAGAGGAGAAAAGAGUCAGCUCAGUACACAGAUCCGUUGGAGAUUCAUUGAGUGGUGGCACUGAAGCGGCUGUUGCACGAGAUGCUUUUGAAGGAAUGAUAGAGACUUUAUCUAGAACUAAAGAAAGUAUAGGACGUGCAACUCGGUUGGCUAUUGAUUGUGCCAGAUAUGGCAUUGCAAAUGAGGUUGUGGAACUUCUAAUCCGGAAGUUGGAGACUGAACCUAGUUUUCAUCGGAAAGUGGAUCUCUUCUUUCUUGUGGAUUCUAUAACACAAUGCUCACAUACUCAGAGAGGUAUUGCUGGAGCUUCCUACAUUCCUAUUGUUCAAGCAGCGUUGCCACGUCUUCUUGGGGCUGCAGCACCACCAGGCUCUGGAGCUCGUGAAAAUCGUCGUCAGUGUCACAAGGUUCUGCGUCUCUGGCUUGAGAGGAAAAUUUUACCCGAAUCUAUUCUUCGACGUUACAUGGAUGAAAUAGGAGUGUCAAAUGAUGACUCAUCUAUUGGUUUCACACUCAGACGUCCAUCCCGUGCAGAGCGAGCCAUAGAUGAUCCAAUCAGAGAAAUGGAAGGCAUGCUUGUUGAUGAGUAUGGAAGCAAUGCAACAUUUCAACUGCCUGGGUUUUUAUCUUCACAUGUAUUUGAGGACGAAGAUGAGGAUGACCUUCCUACCACCCCAUGUAAAGAAUCCAAUGAUGCACCAUUGAUGGAAGCAACAAAUGGUGUUGGAGAUGCAGAAGCGUGUGCGGUUACCCCAAUUGACAGGCGACAUUGCAUCUUAGAGGAUGUGGACGGGGAACUUGAGAUGGAAGAUGUUUCUGGGCAUCCAAAGGAUGAGAAGUCAUUGAUUGGAGACAUUUCUUUUGUAAUAGAUGCUCAACAUCGGUCUUCAGAUAGGGCAACAGAACUUGCUUCAAAUACUCCUACAGAGUUUCCCCCUCUGCCAGAAGGUUCUCCUCCUUUGCCUCUUGAUUCUCCACCUCCACCCCCACCCUUACCUUCUUCACCACCCCCACCUCCACCUCCAUCCUCUCCAUCCCCACCACCACUACCACCACCGCCACUUCCGUCAUUACCACCACCUCCUCCUCUACCAUCUGCAUGCCCUCCGCCACCUCCACCACCAUUAAUUUCCCAACCACCAGUACCCAGUCAGCCUCCAUUGUUGAACCAGCAGAUAUUACCGCUUCAAUCUUCCCAGCAGCCUUCAGCACAGCUUCCGUAUCAAGCUCCUAUUCCCCAUGAAUACUGCAGCAUAGCUAGUGGAAAUCAGCAUGUGCAAAUGGCUGGAAAUGCUUCUCAUGGGAGUCACGUGGAUGCUUCUGCUAAAGGUGAAACGUACGGCCAGCAGCCACCUUCUGGAUUUAAUUCUUCGAGGCAAUCAGAGUAUGGACAUAAUGAUAUAUAUCUGAAUACGCAAGUUUCUCAACCAAACCAGCAAUAUCAGCAAGGGAACCCCAACUUUAUUCAAAGGCAGAUGCAUUCUGGCCCACCUCAAAACCCACCCAGUCAUUUCUCUUAUGGUAAGCCUCCGGUUCAGCAGCAUCCUCCUCAUCCAUACCAUCAUUCAUAUUCUUCGCCAUCCGUUAUGGAUAGCCGGAGGCCUUUCUUGGGUGAUGAACAAUGGAGAAGGCCUUCAAAUGAAUUCAAAACAGAAAAUCGUCAAGGUGUAUGGAUGAACGGGGGGAGAAAUCCAUCACAUCCAGGACCACCAUUCAGCCAGGAAGGCUAUUUUCAACAACCUUAUGAACGACCACCAAGUAAUAUUGGUUUUCAGCGUCCUGCCUCCAAUAGUCUUCCAUCUGGAGCUCCAAUUUCUGGUCAUAGCGUUCCUCAAAUGUUGCCUUCCAGACAAGACAUUUCAACUCUUAAUUGUUGGCGGCCUGCAUAAGAGUUGUUAUUUCCUUCCGAUUGCUGAUGUGGAAUUGGAAUACAAAUUGGUUACUGUACUGUACAGAAAGAUCAGCUUUGUGCAUAAAUUUUGUACAACUGCAAGGCGCUGUCAAGACUUUUGGAGGCUCUUGGUUGAACUCUGUACAUAGUAGUUAUCCUGACAAACUUGAUCCAGGAACAUUUGCUCCCAAGUGUAGGCCCAUGUUUCUGACCUGGUUUUGAUAGAUUUUUAUGAUAGAGAGAGAGAGAGACGAGCAACUUUUGGGAUUCUUUGUUUACUUAGCCGAGUAAAGAAAAGAUAGAGUCGGUUUAUUAUAUCCAAGGAGGAGGUUGCUCGCAGCUGCAUAGUUGAGAUAGACUAUAAUUUAACAUGGAUUUUUGUGCCAAGACCGUGGCUGAUCCUUCCUUGUUAUGCAGACUCCGGAUGUAAAGGUAGUCCCCAGAUACUCAAAAAAGAAUUUUCAGAUUCUAUGUAACACAAUACUUUCAUUACAUAUUGUACAUGAUAUCAUAUAACCCUUUUAUCACCUCACAUCCUCGAGAGUAUUUUCUAAAAUAAUUUCUUUAUGAUCUAGAAAUCAUGUCAGUCUGAAUAUAGUUGUUGUUCAAUUAUGAGUUUCAUUUUCCCACA